AUGAACGUAUUUAUGGAAGGCAAUUUUGAAGCACAUGUGAACACUGGGCCCUAUGCGAUCCUCCUCACACCUGAAGAGUUGGCUAGAGAACUGGCAAUAGAACCAGCGUUAAAGAGGAAAGCCUCAUCACCGGAGCUCCAGAACGAUGUGAAGCCCAAGCGAAUGCGCCAUUGUUUUACUAAAAAAGAAGUUGACUUUUUGGAAUAUGAGUUCAAAAAAAGUAAAAUUUUGGCAGCCCCUAGACGCAAAGAGAUAUCGCAUAUUUUGGGUAUCCAGGAACGUUCCUUGAAAAUUUGGUUUCAAAAUAGACGCAGGCGAGAAAAGCAAAUGGGACAAGUAUUAACAGAGGUCAAUGACUUGCUCGCCGCUAGCGAAUCUGCUUUAAAUUUGAGUGAAGCAACUGCCGAAGCAAGCGCACGUGAGGAAAGAGGCAACUUUACGCCUGAGCCGGAAGUUGUUAGUACGCCACAGUGUAUGAGUGCCGCAGAUAUCCUUAAAGAUCUCAUUGAACUGAGACAAGAUAUACAGGAUUUAUCCAAUAUGGACCUGUGUCCAGAUCUUGAGCUAUUUAAUGUUGAUUUGAGUAUGGAACUAGAUUUAUCGGAAGUACCCGCUAGCAAAGACUUAGAUUUGAUUCCAAGUCUUUAUAUUUUAUAA